AUGUCAAGAUAUUUUCAUAAAGAGGAUGGACUACCACUAAGAGCCCGUGCCAGUGGUAUAGCAAACCAAAUCAACUCAAAUAUUAGUGGUAAUAAUAGUAAUAAUAAUAGUAGUGGUAGUACUAUAAGUAAUCCAUCACCAUCAACUACAUCGUCGUCAUUGGCAAGUGAUAUUCCAGUCGAAAAUAUAUAUCCACCCAAAGAAGAAAUAUUCGAUUACUAUCACAAACCAUCUUCAUCACUUAGUUCAUUAUCGUCGUCUGCAUUGGCGUUUCUACCAACACCACCACUUUCAUCUUCAUUGCCAUCGUCGUCAUUGUCGUCGUCGGGCAAUAGUACUUCAUUUACCACAUUCAAUCAUAAUACUACUAGUAGUACCAAUAAAACACAUAAUACCGGUAAUAAUAUAGUCAAGGGUCGUACCAUAUCUGGUGGUGGCAGUAGUGCCAACGUAGGACAUGCCAGAUCACAUAGUGGAACCGAACUCAAUACAUCACCCACUCAAUCCAUGUUGAUGGAUUUCAAGAAUAUCUCUACCAAAUCUGACGCAUCGUCUCCCAUGGAAGAGGAAAACGAUACAUUUCCACGUGGAUUCAUGAUGGACAAUCCUUUGCCGAGACGUCCCAAACGAUCUAUACGAGACACUCUCAAUCUAUCGGAACCUAUCAAUAGGGGUAUCGUCGAGAACCGUACCAACCUCUUCACAUUUGAUCAAAUGGAAGAGGAUUUCAAAGUAAUGUCACUACGUCGUGAAUUGGAAGACAGUAUCCACCAAGUCAACAAAUUAAGAGAUUCAUUGGAAUUGGAACGUGCACUCAUACUAGAACCAAAGUGUCAUUGUCCUCAUUGUCAUCAUUACCGUAAACCAUUAAAUUAUCAUGAUAGUAUGAAUCAAAAAGCUUUAUUUCGUUUGAAAUCUGCUUUAAAAACUUUUAGAGACGGAGAUUUCUCUGUUAGAUUAACAUCAAAUGGAUGUCAUGGAAUUGGAAAAGAUAUCAUUGAAAUGUUUAAUGAUGCUGUAACAUUAUGUGAUUCAAUGUCGAAAGAGUUUACACGUGUCGGUACCCAGGUUGGAAAAGAGGGUAUAACAAUGGACAGAGCUACACUGCCCGAAGCAGAGGGUAGUUGGAAGUUUUGUAUCGAUCUGGUCAACACGCUGAUUGGAGAUAUGAUCCUGCCAACCGAAGAGAUUGUACGUGUCAUUGGCUCGGUGGCCAAGGGCGACCUUUCACAAACCAUCAAGCUCGAGUAUGGCAGUGGCAAGCAGUUUAGAGGUGAAUUCUUAAGAAUCGCAAAUGUGGUUAAUAAGAUGGUGACUCAACUCAAAAGCUUUUCAAGUGAAGUAACAAGGGUAGCCCGAGAAGUCGGUACUGAGGGAAAGCUGGGUGGACAAGCCCAGGUCAAGGGCGUCGAGGGUGUCUGGAAAGACCUGACCGAGAAUGUAAAUACAAUGGCGUCGAAUCUCACGGGUCAGGUCAGAGCCAUCGCAGAGGUGACUACAGCAGUUGCCUGUGGUGACUUGUCAAAGAAAAUAUCGGUCGACGUCAAGGGUGAAAUAUUGGAAUUGAAAAACACGAUCAAUACAAUGGUCGACCAACUCAAUAGCUUUGCGGCCGAAGUAAUUAGGGUAGCUCUGGAGGUGGGUACUGAAGGAAGACUUGGAGGUCAAGCCGAGGUCAAGGGAGUUGGUGGUGUAUGGAAGGAUCUUACCGACAAUGUAAAUACAAUGGCUGCCAACUUGACGGGACAAGUGCGAGAGAUUGCACUAGUGACCACUGCUGUAGCUACUGGUGACCUGUCGAAAAAGGUCAACCUCGAUGUCAAAGGUGAAAUCCUGCAACUCAAAAACACCAUCAAUACCAUGGUUGACCAAUUAUCAACCUUUGCAGCAGAAGUAACAAGGGUAGCCCGAGAAGUUGGUACUGAGGGUAUUCUGGGUGGCCAGGCCGAAGUCAAAGGAGUGGAUGGUGUAUGGAAGGAUUUGACCGACAAUGUAAAUACAAUGGCUGCCAAUCUGACAACACAAGUAAGAGCUAUUGCCGAAGUUGCCAAGGCUGUCAUCAAGGGAGAUUUUACUCGUAUGAUCUCUGUCGAAGCAAGUGGUGAAGUCAACAUACUCAAAUCAAUCAUCAAUGAAAUGAUUUACAAUCUCAAACAAACCACCAUCAAAAACACAUUGGCCAAAGAAGCAGCCGAAGCAGCCAGUAGAGCCAAAUCAGACUUUAUGGCCAACAUGUCUCAUGAAAUCCGUACCCCAAUGAAUGGUAUCAUUGGUAUGACCGAUCUAACACUUGAUACUGACCUCACUGCCGAACAACGCGAAUAUUUAACAAUGGUACAAUCAUCUGCCGGUUCAUUAUUAACUAUUAUUAAUGAUAUUUUGGAUUUCUCAAAGAUUGAAGCUGGAAGAUUAGAAUUGGAUCAAACAGAAUUUUCAUUACGUAAUCAUUUAUAUGAUACUCUAAAAACUAUGGCGUGGAGAGCACAUCAAAAGGGAUUAGAGUUGGUUUGUGACAUUGCUCCAGAUGUGGCUGAUAUUCUUGUAGGUGACCCAGGUCGUUUGAGACAGAUUGUUACUAAUUUGGUUGGAAAUGCAAUCAAGUUUACGGCAGAGGGUGAGGUUAUCCUGGCGGUCGAUAUUGACGAGCGACGCAGUAACAAUGUUAUUGUGAUUCACUUUACAGUAACCGACACUGGUAUUGGUAUACCGGCAGAGAAGCUACAUCUCAUCUUUGAAGCAUUCUCACAGGCUGAUGGAUCUAUCACUAGAAAGUACGGAGGAACCGGGUUGGGUCUCACCAUCUCGACGAGAAUGGUCGAGUUGAUGGGUGGCAAGUUGCGCGCCGAGUCAACACCUGGACUUGGAAGCAAAUUCGAGUUCACUGCUGUCUUUCCUAUCAGCGAUGCCAACAAGGAAAUUGAACAUAUCAAACUCAAGGACCGCAACACGCUCAUCAUCGAUGACAACAAGACCACUAGAAAGGUGUUGCUGCAAAUGCUCGGGGAGUAUGGUAUAUCGGCUGAUUCGGCCGACUCUGCAGAGACUGCCUUCCGUCUAUUGCGUGCAGCAUCGUUACGCAAGCAUCCGUACGAGUGUAUCUUUAUGGACGCACAGCUCAAUGGUCGCGACGGCUUUUUAGUGGCUGAAGCAAUCAAGCAGGACACGACGAUUGGUGACGCCAGCAUCUUUAUGAUGAUUUGUGGCAGCGGACAGCGUGGCGACCCCGAGAACCGCAGCAGCGUCAUCUCGGGCUACCUCACCAAACCCAUAUCGCCACUCGAGAUGCUCGAAGCACUGCAAGGACGUGGUGGACACACUUCCGACUCUGCCAACGGAGAUGGCAGCCGUGCACAGUCGACGACAGCCCCCGCCGAGACCAUGGCAGCCGAGAUCUUGCUGGCCGAGGACAACAUUGUCAACCAGCGUCUCGCCGUGCGUCUACUCGAGCGAUUCGGACAUCGCGUGACACUGGCCGAGAAUGGGUUACAAGCUGUCGCAGCCAGCGAGACCAAGGACUUUGACCUGAUCCUAAUGGACGUCCAGAUGCCACACAUGUCUGGCUUUGAAGCAACCAACACGAUCCGUAUUCGCGAAAAGGCACUGAAUAAGCACACACCUAUCAUUGCCAUGACAGCCCACGCACUGCAAAAGGACAGAGAAAAGUGUCUAGAGGCAGGCAUGGACGACUACCUCAGCAAGCCAAUCAACGCCGACCAGCUGCGCUCACAGAUUGAAAAGUUCCUCGGCGCAGCCCAACAAAAUGUCGUGCCUCCCACAUCAAUCAACGACGUCAAUGUACUAAAUGCCAAGGCACAACAGUUUCUCCAAGAAUACGAAGUCAUUUGGAUGAACGUCAACCGGGCCAUCAACACCAACAACCAAGAAAAGCUGGCACUAGAGGCCAAGAAACUGUGCGAGUAUAUUUCGGCGUUCUCAACAGACAUUGAAAGACUGUGUAAAGAGCUCGAGACAAUCGCCAGAGAAAGUCUGGAUUUAGAAACUGCCAGACCAAUUAGAAAAAGAAUCGAAAGAGAAAUCAAUCGGUUAAUGCCAGUCAUUACAGAAUUGGCAAAAAGAAAGAGUUAA